AUGUCAGGAGGUAAAGGAAAAGUACACGGAGGUAAAGGUAAAUCCUCCGAAAUUGCAGGACGUUCAUCUACAUCCCACUCCGCCAGAGCAGGAUUGCAAUUCCCCGUUGGUAGAGUCAAGCGAUACUUGAAAAAGAAUGCUCAAAACAAGAUUAGAGUUGGGUCGAAAGCUGCGAUUUACUUGACUGCCGUAUUGGAGUACUUGACUGCUGAAGUGUUGGAGUUGGCUGGUAAUGCCGCUAAGGACUUGAAGGUGAAGAGAAUAACUCCUAGACAUUUGCAAUUGGCUAUUCGUGGUGAUGAAGAAUUGGAUAAUUUGAUCAAGGCUACUAUUGCAUAUGGUGGUGUUUUGCCACAUAUUAACAAGGCUUUGUUGUUGAAAGUGGAGAAAAAGAAGAGCAAGUAA